AUGGAGCGGGACUCUGGAAGCCAAAGCCCUUUUGGUGUGCGCAGCCUUAACCAUGACCAGAAACUGCCCCAGCACCGCCACGUCAAGUCCAACGAGACGUGCAUCGACCCGUUGGACAAAGACCCCAAGCGCCGAUGCAACUGCUUGAACCAUCGUCAUCGCUACCGCCGCCCGUCGCCGGUGCGCAUCAAGUACGAGGCGCCCUCGGCCAUCUCUCGCAUGUACGGCCGCAAGAAAGACGAGGAGGGCUUCUGGAGGGAGGACGGCUGGCACUACACGCCCUCGACGCCCGCCGGCGGCCGUCGACUCUCCUCCGGCACCCUGCCUUCCACAACACCCGCCGGCCGUCCGCUGUGGUCCAACCGCUCUGUCCGCUCCACCACCCCGAACGGGCCCCCACCCUCUUCACGCCAGCUCUUCGGCAGCUCACGCCAGCAACGCGGCACGCCCUCCCGCAACACCCCGUCGCCGAACUACCGCUUCGGCCGCCCCAGCCCCUCACCCUCGCAGCAGAAGGGCCGCACAAUGUCUGCUUUCGCCUUCAGCUCCCGAGGACGCGGGAGGAGCUAUAUUCCCACCAGGUCGCAGUCCGCCCGUAGCUACUACUCCGACGCUCCCUCGGACGUGCCCUCGGACGCCCUCGCGAGCAGCCCUCCUCCCGGCACCGAUCCUUUCUACGACGACCGCGGCUAUUUCGACCAGGACCACUACCGCGACCACCGCUACUACGACGAAAACGAGGAGGAGCGCAUGGACGACGACUACAAACAAGGCUAUGGUUUGCCCGAGGCGGAGGAGAUGGAUGAGGACCAGGAAGCCCAGGAAGAUGAGGACGACACUAUGAUCGACAACUUUGGGACCAAGCCCGCGUCGCGCAAGUCCAGCAGACCUGCAUCUCCUCAAAAAUUCAGCGUCAAAGGCUCGGCGAGGGGAUCGCCCUCCAAUAGGUCCAGGGCUUCGACCAUGCGCAGCCCCGUGCGCCCUCCGCCACUAGGCAAAUCUGGAGCCCAAUACGAUAUUGGAAGCAUCGCAAAGAGCUUUGCUGCCGCGGCAGCUGCUCGUCCCGUCACUCAUUUGCAAGAGCCGGAUGAGCUCGUCCGGGAAACCGAACGCGUUCUCUACACCCUUGGUGAAGGCGACGCAACCGAGGAGACUCUGUCAGCGGCUGUCAAGGAUCUGUGCAACCUUUGGCACCACCCGCACAAGCCCGUUCCCGAUGGCAUUGGGCCUGCCGAUGACGACUCGCCUUUGGCAAAGGCAGACUUCAUCGCCAGCCUGCUUCUGCCCAUCCACCACCCCCCUGCAUUCGAACCCGAGAAACAGAACUUUUCGUUGUCCAGGCGCGGCCAGCUUUCUGCCUUCAGCCAGUCAUUUGCACGUCAAUAUGCGACCGGGCAGACACCUCUUCCCAAGGUCCUGGUCGAUUGGCUGAAUGCACGUCACGACCCCAGCGCUGCUGAGUUCGAGCAUCUUCAGCGGAUGGCCGGGAGCUACUCUGCUGCUCCUGGGUUCUGGGACGUCAUCUUCUCCUGCGUCAUGAGGGGCAGCUUCAAUGAUGCGAUUCAUUUCUUGAGGGAAGGCAACUUCGCUGUCGCCGACUCUGCCUUGGAAGACGGAUACGAGCGACCUGGCUAUGCUGACAUUGAGCUCGUCAAUGUAGAGAAGGCGAUUGCGCAAGCCAUCGAUGUACUGCAAAUUUGCCCAGCCUACACCCACGACGACUGGGACGUGAAAGGCAUGGAUUGGGGCCUGUAUAGGAGGACCGUCAACGACGCGCUCGAGGACCUCAAGCUCUUCGCUGAAGGUGAACGUGCUUUCCUCGAUGACGAAUUCGGCUUGAGCGCCCAGGAUGACGGUGCUUACAACUUCAGCACUGCAAGUCGCAGGGCUGAGAGCAGAGUGCCGUACACCGUCUACGAGAACCUGCAGAUCCUUUACAGCCUUCUACUCGGCAACGAAGAGGAAAUCCUCGGCGCCGCCUUCGACUGGCUAGAGGCAACCGUCUGUCUCACCGCCUGGUGGGAUGGAGAGGAUGAGGAACAGCUCCUACGAUCGGCAAAGCGCUCCAAGCACACGAGGGUCGCGGACGUCACUCCUGGACGCGCUUAUCGCAAGAGGUUUGCCUACGCGCUCGCCAGGGUGAUGGCAGAAGAAGACCCUGGCCUUUCGAUCAACAGCAACGAUCCAGUCGAGAUUGCUCUUGCCUGCGUCAUGGAAGAAAACAUGGAUGGCCUCAUCCCUAUCCUGCGUGGAUGGUCUCUGACCAUCACGGCGGCAAUCAUUGAGAUUGCAAGUGCUGGCGGCUGGCUCGGACAGUCUGCCUCAAGGAACCUCCUGAGAGGAUUCGAUCAAAGCGAUCUCAUGGUCCUAAGUUACGGACAAGGCGAUAAGCCUGGUUACGACAAGGAUGAGAUUCUACAGCAAUACGCCGAGAUUCUGUUUAGCAGGCCCAAGAUCCAAAACUCCGAGGGCUGGGAACUGGCUAUCCAAGUCUUGGGUCGUCUCGACAACGCUGAAGCCGCGAGAAAUAAGAUUAGCGAACUCCUCGAUCGACUCCCGUUAAGCUCAGCGGAGCGCGUUGACAAGAUCCUCAGUGUCUGCAACAGUCUCGGACUCAUCGAGCAUGCUAACAUGAUCGCUGAGCGCUAUGCGGCUUCCCUGGCCGAGAACUCGUACAACUACGGCUCGGCCUUGUUCUACUAUGCUCGCGCCCACAAUUCCAAGAAGAUCAGAGACGUCCUUGAUCUGCUCAUCUCUCUCUGCCUCAUCCAUUCCACCGCCUAUCCGGCGCAAUCCGAUCUCGACGAACGUCUCAAGGCACUCAUCAAUACUCCUAAGCAGACUCUGUCUCAGCUAGCUCGGUCCGACCUGGAAGCGGCUCAGAUGCUAUCCAUGUACCUCAGCGGUUACGCAACCCUGCGGAAGUUCUACGAUCUGCGUGACGAGGAAGUCAACCUCCCGGAAGGCAGCAAGCCUGCCCACCGUCCCCUCGAGAGGAGAAGACUCGCUGCCCAGGCUUUAAUUGCUGUUGUCGGCAGCGCCGCUGACAGCAUUCGUGGCGGGCUUUACGAUCCGGACAUUGAUUCGGCCGUCCAGGUUGAUGGACUUCUGACUCUGCUCGGCGAGUCGCUGCCUUUCAUGACUCAUCCUAAGCGUCUUCUAUCGUCAUCCGAUCUCUCCACACUUAUGCGUGCGGCCGAGGACCUCCAAACUGCUCCCUCGCUGGUCUACGCUCAGUGCGAGGAGCAUCUUCAGGCAGCAUUAGCACAUGCCCACGGCACAGGCUCAUCCAACAUGGAACCGCCACGAUCGCUCAAGAAGUCGGUUUCCAACCUGACAGCCAGCUCGUACAGCUUGAUGGGCAGCUCUGUGUUCCAGUCAACAGAGGGUAGCGGCGUCCUCGUGGAUGGUGAAAGCGGCACUCUCAGCAAAGAUGCAAAGAGAGGCUGGGACUGGCGGAGAGGCCUGUCCCAUGGGGCGAAGGGCAAGGAUGUGUGCGAUUUCCUCAGAGCAAAGGCUGCGCAGGAGUUGGCACGCGCUUGGGCGGAGGAGAAUUGA